UUCGUAGCUGUCUCUAAACUCUUGUGCACCAUUCCGUGCCCGACUCCCUGAGGUUGCAGCCUUGUGUACCGCUGGACUUUCAUAGCUGCCUCUCGCACUUCCCAGUUUGCUUCCUGACAUGGUGGGCAACUGGGUGGGGGAGGAGAAGGUGAGGCUCUUUCCCCUGUUAGUCAUGUGCUUUUCUCACCUGCACCAGGAACCUGGCUGGAAAAAAGAGAGAGAGAGAAAGAGAGACAGCAAGCACCCAGGGGCCACUAGCGUUGACGCUCUAUAAAGUAUGAAGAGAGCCCCUCUAUAGUGAAGGAAACAUGGCAGAUAAGAGGAAGCUACAAGGUGAGAUUGAUCGGUGUUUGAAAAAGGUGUCAGAAGGUGUGGAGCAGUUUGAAGAUAUCUGGCAGAAGCUCCACAAUGCAGCUAAUGCCAACCAGAAGGAGAAAUAUGAAGCCGAUCUGAAAAAAGAAAUUAAAAAACUCCAGAGAUUGAGGGACCAGAUCAAGACGUGGGUUGCAUCCAAUGAGAUUAAGGACAAAAGGCAGCUAAUAGACAACCGGAAACUCAUUGAGACGCAAAUGGAGCGGUUCAAGGUAGUAGAACGUGAGACCAAGACAAAAGCCUACUCGAAGGAGGGCCUGGGCCUGGCACAGAAGGUGGACCCAGCCCAGAAGGAGAAGGAGGAAGUUGGGCAGUGGCUGACGAAUACUAUAGACACCUUGAACAUGCAGGUGGAUCAGUUUGAGAGUGAAGUGGAGUCGCUCUCUGUCCAGACGCGCAAGAAGAAAGGAGACAAGGACAAGCAAGAUCGGAUCGAGGGUCUGAAGCGGCACAUUGAGAAGCACCGGUACCACAUCCGGAUGCUGGAGACUAUCCUGCGGAUGUUGGACAACGACUCCAUCAAUGUGGAUUCCAUCCGCAAGAUCAAGGAUGACGUGGAAUACUAUGUGGAUUCCUCGCAGGACCCCGAUUUUGAGGAGAAUGAGUUCCUCUAUGAUGACCUCGACUUAGAAGACAUUCCACAGGCCCUGGUUGCCACUUCCCCACCCAGCCACAGUCACAUGGAGGAUGAGAUGUUCAACCAGUCAAGUAGCACGCCCACAUCUACCACGUCCAGCUCCCCAAUCCCCCCCAGUCCUGCAAACUGCACAACGGAGAACUCUGAAGAUGAUAAGAAACGGGGACGAUCAACAGACAGUGAAGUGAGCCAAUCCCCAGCGAAGAACGGUUCGAAAAGCCUCCACAACAACCACCACCAGCCGCCUCCCACCAUCCCCACCAGCUACCCGAUGGGCGGCAGUUCCAGCACUUCGUCCUCCCUGGGAGACGGGCCUGGCUCCAACAGCAACGGGGCUGUGGCUGGCAGCGGGAAUGCGAGCAGCAAAGCUAACCCUCCAGUGGGGCACGCACCUACUGCCCCAACCCCUUACGCCCAGGCUGUGGCGCCCCCACCCACCAGCACCAAUGCCUCGCAACCGCGGCCUCCCAGCACCCAGCAGAACGCCAGCAAGCAGAACGGGGCAACCAGUUAUAGCUCUGUGGUAGCUGACAGCAGUUCAGAUUCAACACUAAACAGUGGGAACCAGUCAUUGCCUAACCAGACAGCGUCGCACAACCCACCCAGUGUUUCUGCGAAAGAGCCCAGCACAGCUACACAGCCAACUAGUGGCAACAACAGCACUGGAUCCAGUCUCCUGGUGCCUCUGACUGCCAACCCUCCUGCCUCGCCCACGCCCAGCUUCUCUGACAGCAAACCCUCCCAGACCCUGCUCAACGGACCACCCCAGUUCAGCUCCACAGCAGAGAUCAAGACACCUGAGCCUCUAAGUACGCUGAAGUCCAUGGCCGAGAGGGCAGCUAUCAGCUCUAGCAUAGAGGAUCCUGUGUCAUCUCUUCAUCUUGCUGAAAGGACUGACAUCUUAAUAGCUAACACGACCUCCCAGCCAACCUCCAACCAGCCCCCCAUCCAGCUGUCUGAGGUGAACAUCCCCCUUUCACUUGGGGUGUGCCCACUGGGGCCUGUGCCUCUCACUAAGGAGCAGCACUACCAACAGGCCAUGGAGGAGGCUGCCUGGCACCACAUGCCUCAUCCUUCUGAUUCGGAAAGGAUCCGGCAAUAUCUACCACGAAACCCCUGCCCGACCCCUCCAUACCACCACCAGAUGCCUCCCCCACACUCUGAUACCGUGGAGUUCUACCAGCGCCUCUCUACAGAGACCCUUUUCUUCAUCUUCUACUAUCUGGAGGGCACGAAGGCACAAUACCUGGCAGCGAAGGCACUGAAGAAGCAGUCGUGGCGCUUCCACACCAAGUACAUGAUGUGGUUCCAGCGGCAUGAAGAACCCAAGACCAUCACUGACGAAUUUGAGCAGGGCACUUACAUCUACUUUGACUAUGAGAAAUGGGGCCAGCGCAAAAAGGAGGGUUUCACCUUUGAAUACCGCUACCUGGAAGACCGGGACCUGCAGUGAUGCCCUGGGGCCAGCAGGGGGUGCCAAGCCUUCCUUCCAGAGACAACGCGGUGCGCUAGGGGCAGCAGCAAAGGAAGACCAACCAAUCCCCCAGCUCAUCCCAUCUUCCCCCCUCCCGUUACAACCAUGGGGGGGAUGGGGCCAGCCGCACGUUUAAAAAAAUGCAUGCAAGUUUUAAAAGUGACCACGGGACGGAGGAGGGGCGGCAGAGGCGGGAUUCUCUUCGGCCUUUUCCUUGCUCUCUUCCGCCUGUAAUGCAUACGAAGAGGACAGAAAAAAAUGAGGAAAACUCCCUUCAUGUGCACCAGAUUUGGGUGAGGGAGUGGAGAUUAAAAAAGAAUUUGAGAAUCCCACCAUAAGAGUGAUCUUCCCCCAAUCUGCAUUUUUGUGUCUUCUAGAUCAGAGAACCUAUGCCCCCCCCCCAAAUCCCUAUUGCAGCAAACACAAUUUCUUUGCCCCACCUCCUCCCCCAGUGCAGAUCUCAUCUCCUAUUUGGCUACCAUUAUAUACCCGUGACAUUGAGGGGUAGGACCCCAUAAAUAUCCCCUUAUAGGCAGAAGUGUUGGGAACAGUUCAUGGAGAUAUUGCUCGAACCUUUGCCCAGUUGUCAUUGCUGGAUUUGGCAAAAAGCCAAAAUGCUAAGUUAUUACAAAUUGGGAAAGCCAGAUGAUUCCUGGAAAACAUCCCAGUACAAAAUAUUUUUGUGGACUGGUACCUUCUGUUAACAUUUUAUAGGCUGCCAUAAUUUUCACUUGCUUCUGCAAGUGAUGCUGUUGAGGGCAGAUGGACAUUACAUGUCCCCCCUCAUCACUUUUGUUUGGAAAAAUCCCCAAACUCCCUUUCCUUACUGGAAAUUUGACUCAAGAGAGUCUUCCCCCCCCCCAAUCCAUUGCUGCUUCUCUCCCUAACCCCUCCGUCCAAAAUUUUGUUGCCACCCUAAAUUUGGUAUCCAAGCUCGUAUCUUAUCUGCUGCUCCUCCCACAGAGAGACCCUUCCCCUUGAUGACUUGCAAUUUAUUCCUGAUUGGAGGGGAAAGACUUGGGGAGACCUGGGGGAGGGAUGGGAAUACUGCUGUGUCGCACCCAUCUCUCUUUCUCCUCAUCCAGCACCCUGAACUGGAGCACCCUGCCCACACCGCUGUUUAAGAUAUUUUUUCGUAAGCCUAUUUUCGUUUUGGAAAAUAUUUAUGAAUAAAUAGUUUUAUAUGA